GGUAGAUUUACAUUGUUGCCAGGAUUUUGACCCAGUGUCACUGAAAAAACAGUAAUAUAAUUCCAAGUCAGGAUGGUAAGUGGCUUUGAGUGGGACUUGCAGAUAGUGAUAUUCCCCUUUGUCCACUGUCCUUGCCCUACCUUUUUUAAUCUAAUUUUAGAGAUGCUGUUACACACCCCCAGAUCAGGUGGUACUUGAAUCCAGGCCUCUUGGUCCAAAGAUAGGAGCAUAAUGCUGUGCCACAAGAAGGGGCACUGAAGAAUCGCUAGAAACAGUGAUGAGAGUGGGAUAUAAAGUGGCUGUGUGUUUGAAUGAUGUUGUCCAAGGAGCCUUGGUGAAUUUCUGCGCUGAAUCAUUAAGGCAUCAGUGGUGGAGGGAGAGGAUAUUUGUGGAAGUGGUGCCAUCAUUCGGGUUGCUUUGACUUGGAUGUUAUCAAGCUUCUUGAAUGCUGUUGGAUCUACACUCAUUCUGGUAAAUGGGGGAGUAUUCUGUCGCAGUCCUGAGAGGGAGGUUUGAAUGGAACACAAUCUCUAAACCAAGACUGUAAUGUUCAGCAAUGGAUAAGGAAGGAAUUAUUUGAAGCUAAUAUAAGCUUGCUAGACUGAUUCAACAACAGACAACUUCUUUAUGAAGAUACUUUUGCAAAAUGUCUUGAUGACAUUCUUAUGGAGAACAUACAUUAGGAAUAAAGAAACUGAAAACUAAAAGAGUGUGACAAAAUCCUGAAUUUUCAUUCGAUAUACAUUCUACCACCAGGAUAUGUGUGCAAGUCCUUGGACCACCCAAAAUCGGAAUGGGAGGAAUUGAAGAAGAUAAACAUUAUUUUAUUGUGAUGAAAGAAUUUACUGAAAACAGGAAGAAGAUCCAAAAAGGCUCAUUGGGAUAUUGCACUAGAUCAGAAAAUGAAUUAUCUGCAGUUGUGGAGUUUAACAAAAAGACCAUAAAAUUAGCAAAAGUGAAGCAAGAAGAUCUCCAAGAAAUCAGCAAGGAUGAAGCAGAGUUGCUUCUUGAAAUCCAGGACAUGUCUCAUCGAUGUGUACUUGUUCAGAAUGAAAAUCUUUUCAAAUCUAUUUCUGUCCUACAAAUUAAUGACAUUGUGCAAGUGAAACGGAACAGGGUAACAUGGGUAGGAAUUGUCAAAACUAUUAUCAAAUCUAGGCGUGACAGUGGAUUGGAACUAAAUGGAUUGUUGUUUCGAGUAGAGUGUGUGGAGGGAGGAGACCAUAAAAUGAAGGGGAGGAAAAAUGACAAAGAAGUUUUCAUUAAUGCAGGAGAUAUCACUUGCGCAAGUAAUACUAAAGUGGGUCCGUCUCAUUCAAAUGAUAAAGAGAAUAAAUUAUACAGUAAUGAUACAGAAAUCUGGAACAAGUCGCCAGUUGGAAGUCAGUCUCCUAGUUUGUCGCCUAGGAAAAUGGGCAGAGAAAAAUCGGAUGAAAUUUCCACCUCAGCUCAUUCAAAGAUUUCUAAACACAGUUCCAAAACUUUCAAUUCUACCCUAUCCAUUCCUGGUCAAAACCUUGUGGAGAGUGACAGUAUUGCUCUCGAGGUUGAGUCGAUGGUGGAAGUGAAAUUGCCUAAUAAUGCUAUAGUCUAUGGAGUUAUCAGAUGGAUCGGUAUACCAGAAGGUCACGACAGUCUCUGGGCAGGAAUUGAGUUGGACUAUGAACUAAAAGAUGCGAGUGAUGGAACUUUUGAAAAAAAUCGUUAUUUUUGUUGUGAACAGAACAAAGCAACUUUUAUACCAUUAAGGAACUGUAAACCUGACGCACGCUUUUCAUCAAACUUACUGAGGGAGAUAGUCAGCAGUCCAGUUCCCACACCAGUGAAGACAAUUCAAGAUAACCUGACCAUACAAGAGGAUGUUCCUCCAGUGCGAGAAAAUGAAGUACUGCAGUUGAUGAAAGGAAGAAUGAAAGGGAUUCAGGGACACCACAAUUCUUGCUAUUUGGACUCCACAAUUUUUAGCUUGUUCGCAUUCACUUCAGUGGUGGAUAGCAUACUUCACAUGCCUGGAGGACACAGUGAGAAAAUUCAACAUGUACUGAGGGAGGACAUAGUCAACCCACUACGCAAGACUGGAGUUGUGAAUGCAGAUAAAGUGACAAAAUUAAGGAAACUAUUAGGAUGUGACACGUUUACUUCGGCAGAAAAGGAUCCAGAAGAAUUCAUCAAUGUCCUACUGCAUGAAGUGCUGGCAGUUGAUCCAUUGUUAAAGAUCAGGUCAGGCCAGAAAAUUCAAGAGAGCUACUGUUAUCAGAUAAUCCUGGAAAAAGAUGAGAAACUGACCGUACCAACAGUGCAGUUGCUUCUGGAGAGAUCCUUUCUCUCUUGUGACUUAAAAUUCGAGGAGAUCCCAUCAUGCCUGCUGGUUCAGAUGCCACGAUUUGGAAAACAGUUUAAAAUGUUCCCAAAGAUUAUUCCCUCAUUGGAACUAGAUAUCACAAAUUUGCUUAAUAACAGUGAUGAGAAUAUUCCAGAGAUAACAGAUUGUCCACAAAUAGGUGAUUACCUGCUGAUGUCAGAGGACAUUCUGGCUUAUACAGACCUGAAGCAGCUUGAUGGAUUUGCAAAGAGACUUUUUUGUGAUGCCUAUAUGUGCAUGUAUCAAAGCCCAAGGAUGUGCUUGUAUAAAUGAUGUGCAACAGAAUUCAAAAGGCUGAUAUUGAAACUGACCUUUCAGAAAGUUAUUGGAAAUAGUCUUUUCUUCAGUGUUCAAUAUCCUUGAGUGAUGGAGAUCGUUGAAUGGGAAGUAAUAGGUCUGACAAAUGCUCCUAUACUAUCUUCGACUGAAAUGCUGUGCAUGACAAAACAACUUUGUAAAGAUGGCUAGGUAUUUUGAUUUUGAAUUUAAACCUGUUUUAAAUAAAUGUCUGAUGCAACUAA